AUGUCGGAUGCGCAGGAGGGACCGACGCAAAACGAAACAAAUGACGGAGCGGACCCGCUAGCUAGUACUGUGGUGAUACGAGGCGCGAGGGACCGGGAAAAACGACGGGCGCGGCGAGCACAGGAAAUCGACACGCGGCCGCCGAUUAGGGCAAUCAAGCGGAAUUCUCAAGUUCCUUAUGACGCCCCAGGAAGGCCGAACAACACCAAACUAAUGCCCAAAGAAUGCCUGGUGAUGCCCGAAAUCUGGACACCACAAUGCUCUCAGCAGGGGACGCCAUCCAUUGCUCGGGAGCACGAGACGCAAAUCAGCUGGCUGGUGAAUCGCCGCAUCGAGCAGAGACAGGAGCACAACAUAACUCGCACUGAGAUCACGCAGAGACGCGUCCUGCAGGAGAAACCCCCCGACAUGCCGCAAUACACCGGACAGGGCGACACGGAUUACCAUGGGAGUAAUGGACAGGCGGACACCCACUCGUUGCACUCGUCUCAUCUGUCCGUCCAGGAGGAUCCGCUGCUCAUCCGGACUCACAAGCAACAGACUUCUCAACAAGUGACGACCGUGACGAAAGUCGUGCGCGAGGUUUCCCACAUGGAGCCGGAUCCGGGCGCGGUCAGCUACAUGUCGGUGCCGCUGAUGUCGCAGGACUAUCAGCACGCGGACCCACGCUACCCCGCGGACCCGUACAUGGUCAGCUUCGACCAUUACGAUCCGUACCUGGGCUACCCGCCGCAGCCGGGCUACCCGGGGCCCCACGGCAUCUACAUGCCGCGCUCGCACUCCCCCCACAGCCCCCACAGCCCGUCGGAACACAGUCGUGCUUCUCCGCCACACGAGUACAUGCGCAAGGGUGCGCCCUACGUGGAGGGUAGCUAUAACGACAUCGACCCCGGCUUAAACCCCGCUUUGCAGGACCAUUAUCGCAUUACUCCGAGUCCAGGUGGUCCUGGAGAUCAGUACGAAUCGAUGGCCUGCCCGGAUCCCGUUUCAGACGAGAGCAAAGUCGCCUAUGGCUACGUGUCGCCGUCGCCGUACGGGCCCGUGGGGUACGGGCCCGCCGUGGGGGUCGGGCCGGUGCCGAGCGACGUGCCCGGCUACGAGGAGGGCCAUCCGGGCGUGCCCCUCACGUCGGCCGUGCCGCCCGGCAUCUUCGAGGACGAGGUGCACCUGCAGCGGCUGCAAUCGCGCCACCCGGUGGUGCCGGGCAUGGCGAGCCCGCUCGACGACGACCAGAAGUCGAUGCGCUGGCGGGACCCGAACCUGUCCGAGGUGAUCGGCUUCCUGAGCAACCCGAACAACAUAAUCAAGGCGAACGCGGCGGCGUAUCUGCAGCACCUCUGCUACAUGGACGACCCGAACAAGCAGAAGACGCGCAGCCUCGGCGGCAUACCGCCGCUGGUGCAGCUGCUGGACCACGACAAUCCGGACGUGUACAGGAACGCGUGCGGCGCCCUGCGGAAUCUGUCGUACGGCCGGCAGAACGACGAGAACAAGCGUGCGAUCAAGAACGCGGGCGGCGUGCCGGCCCUGAUCAAUCUCCUGCGACGGACGUCCGACGCGGAGGUCAAGGAGCUGGUCACGGGGGUGCUGUGGAACCUGUCCUCGUGCGAAGACCUGAAGAGAUCGAUCAUCGACGACGGCGUGACGAUGGUGGUGAACAACAUAAUAAUACCUCACAGCGGCUGGGACCCGAGCUCGUCGUGCGGCGAGACCUGCUGGUCCACCGUGUUCAGGAACGCGUCCGGGGUGCUGAGGAACGUGUCGAGCGCGGGCGAGUACGCGCGGAAGAACCUGCGCGAGUGCGAGGGCCUGGUGGACGCUCUGCUCUACGUGAUGCGCUCGGCGAUCGAGAAGUCCAACAUCAGCAACAAGAUCGUGGAGAACUGCGUGUGCAUCCUGAGGAACCUGAGCUACCGCUGCCAGGAGGUGGAGGAUCCCAACUACGACAAGCACCCGAUCCAGUCCACGAUGCAGAACAGAGUCACCGCGCCCGCGAAAGGUGAGAAUCUGGGCUGCUUCGGCGGCAGCAAGAAGAAGAAGGACGGUCAGCCGGUCCAAAAGGAGACGACCGCGUCACGUACGACGAGUCCGCGUACCGAGCCAGUCAGGGGAAUGGAAUUGCUCUGGCAGCCGGAAGUGGUCCAGUCGUAUCUCAGCCUCCUGCAAACGUGCUCGAAUCCGGAAACGCUCGAGGCCGCCGCCGGGGCCCUGCAGAACCUCGCGGCCUGCUACUGGCAGCCGAGCAUCGAGAUUCGCGCGGCCGUACGCAAGGAGAAAGGUCUCCCUAUAUUAGUGGAGCUCUUGAGAAUGGAGGUGGACCGAGUAGUCUGCGCGGUCGCGACCGCGCUGAGAAACUUGGCGAUAGACCAACGCAACAAGGAGCUAAUAGGCAAAUACGCGAUGAGGGACCUCAUCCAGAAGCUACCGUCUGGAAAUAAUCAGCACGAUCAGGGCACGAGCGACGACACGAUCGCCGCGGUGCUCGCGACUCUGAACGAGGUCAUCAAGAAGAACGCCGAGUUCUCGCGGUCGUUGCUCGACGCCGGCGGCGUUGACAGACUGAUGAACAUCACCAGGCAACGCCAGAAAUACACGCCGCGCGUUCUUAAAUUUGCAGGACAAGUAUUGUUUACUAUGUGGCAACAUCAGGAACUGCGAGACGUGUACAAGAAGCACGGCUGGAAGGAGCAAGACUUCGUCACGAAAACCGUCGCCGCCAGGAAUUCAGGGCCUAAUUCACCCAACAACGCUAACAGCUACGAUUGCAGCACUCUGAAUCGACCGAUGGCGAGCCAGGGAAGCACAAGAUACGAGGAUCGAACGAUCCAGCGAGCGAACAUGAAUUCGAAUAAUGUCGGUCGACCUACUAUAUAUCAAUCAGCUCGCAACGUGAUUCCGAACGUGACAGAGGUAGUUACCUAGGACGAUCGACGCGGCCUUUCGGCGCAAUCGAUUGUGCCGAGACGAAGGAACGUCACUCCGUAGCUUUCAGCCGAAAACACACAGCCAUUGUAAUUUACGCGAUAAAACUGUACACAAGCUAAUUGAGUAAUAAUUUAGAUCAGCGAUUGUCUUCCCGCAGUUUGGACGACCUUGUAAAGUUUCCACUUUUACCGCGCCUUUCGCUAGGUGGACACAACGAAAACUUGUGCGCAGUGAAACGAACGUUUUCUAAUGGUUUUUCCUAACGCUCUGAAAUCCGGACGAACGUUUCUAAUAAAUGUUACUAUACACAUAAAAAAAUUAAUCGUCAUAUAUGAUGCACGUCGAUCGAUGCGAAUCCCAUGGUUGUACGAGAAUCCACGUAACUGUUUACACGAAUUGCCGCACGAAACUGGACCAAACUCUCACUUUUUAAUAACGCCGCGUAGCCACGUUUUGAAUCCCGCGACUUUUUGCACGGUUUUCACCCGACAGUUUUCCAACUUGCUAAUUAAUCCAAUCGAUUCGCGCGCGAGAGGAGGACGGGGCUCGCGCGACGUAAUCUUAGAAACGCAGUGUUGCUACUAACGACUCUAGGUCUAAGCGAGAUACUUCGCAUCACGUUGUACACACACGUCUUCUCCGUCUCCGGAAGAACGCACAAAUUUACACUGACAAUGAGGAGCUGACGCGAUCACUGCCUAAAAACGAACACCCUCACACCGUCACAGAUCGACGACAAUUAUUUUAACUUGUAGCGUAACGAUAAGAGAAAUGAUUUCGUAGGAUACCGAUUGAUACCGCCGAGGUGAGCAUUUGUAUCGAGCCGGGAGGCGAGCUCGCUUUCCUACGCAUUUUCCCAGUGCCCUGCUAGUUUAGUUAUAUUUUAUUAGCGAGCUAUAACACGCAUUUACAGCUAAAUUAUUACGUAGCCUAUAGUCUGUACUGUAUACCCGAUUUUGUAUAUAAGCUUAGAAAGUGAUUAUAUUAAUCUUGUAUACGUAAGUUACAAUAUUAUACAGAGUAUAAUUAAUAAUAUUCGGUAUUCGCACGCCACACACGACGUCCGUAUAAAGUUAUUGAUCCUUCGGUAUAUGCUGUCCUGUGGAAAUUUAUUUUCGAGAUAUAAUACCGUCGACUAUAAGGGAGUUUAACGGAGAGACCGCGUCAAAUUGCCCGGCUCGCCGACGACGUAGGAAUUGGCGAUCUUUUGUAACGGCAGGUUUCAUUUUCGCAAUCACGCGCGAGGCAACGAACGGGACGUACUCGUGCGGAAUUUCAUUUCGCGUCCCGCGCACAGGAGGGGACCCGCGCGAGGGCUAAACAUUAUUAUGUAUGGUUUCUUGUAGCGUACACAUACAACACGUUAAACACACGAUACACGCGAUUCCAUGUGCGUCUUUCAUAUUCAUGUGUAUCUCAGCUACGAAAUUACUCACGUCACCGUCGGAAUACUUAUAUUCUGUAUUUAGCCGAAUACUAAAAAAAAACGCAAUGUAACAAAAGAGAACGAUUACUUGAAAAUAUGUAUAUUAGAUAGCCUAUAUACCUGAUUGCAAAUAAAGGCCAAACAUAUCACA